CGGCCAGUGCGCAGAGUGCUGCGGGCGUGACAGGAUUGUGUGAUCGGCGCUCUGGGUUCAGCCGGCAGUCCAGCGUUGUGUGUGUGAUCCUGUGCGUGUUCUCUCUGUUUGUGUACGUCGCUGCCGUGUUCUGCCGGGCUGCCUGCGAGGAACCGGCUCAGCAGAGCGCCCGAUAGAACCUCAUACCACCAUAGGGAGGACGCUGUUGACAUACGAGUGAACUCAUCAGCCCACAAUGGCAGACACCAGUCAAUCCGAGCAAACCCCUCCGACUGAACCUCAGACGAAUGGUGUUUCUGACGGUAUAGAUGACGAUGAAAGGAACAAAAUGCGUCCAGCUGAUAUUGAUGCGGAUAUGAAGGAAAUGGAAAGGAGGAAACGAGUAGAGAUGAUAAUGAAUAGUCGUCUUUUCCGUGAGGAGCUGGAACGAAUUAUUGAAACACAGCUGAAGGAUGGAAAUGGCCCAGCAGGUUUGUUGCAACAGCUAUCGGACAUGAUGGGGUUGCAGGGUGGCCGUUUACAACCUGCAAGUGUAUUCAGAGGAUCUAACUGUGUCAUUCCUAUAAAUGAUAUUCGUGGUGUUGAAAGCAUGGGCUAUGCAAAGGGGGAAAAGAUCCUUAGAUGCAAGUUAGCUGCAGUCUAUAGAUUAAUGGAUCUUUGUGGCUGGACCCAAGGAAUCUACAACAGUAUCACUGCGAGAUUAAACCAAGACCAAGAACAUUUUCUCAUAAAUCCGUUUGGAAUGUUAUACCAUGAAAUAACUGCCUCAAGUUUAGUGAAAAUUGACAUGCAGGGCUCAAUAGUUGAGCCUGGAACUACAAAUUUUGUUGUGAAUGUUCCUGGUUUCAUGUUGCAUUCUGCCAUUCAUGCUGCCCGUCCAGAUAUUAAGUGCAUUAUUCAUGUUCAUACUCCUGCAGUGUUGGCUGUGUCUUCAUUAAAAUGUGGCCUACAGCCUUUGUGCCAAGAAGCUAUUGUAAUUGGUGAAGUUAGCAAUCAUCCAUAUCUCGGUGCAGUCUUCGAGCCAGAAGAACGAGAAAAAAUUGCCAGAAAUUUGGGACCAGUAAACAAGGUUAUGUUUCUAUCAAACCAUGGUGCUGUCUGUUGUGGAGAAACAGUAGAAGAAGCAUUUUAUAAUGUUUACAAUACAGUUCUGGCUUGUGAGACACAGGUGAAGGUAAUGCCUGCUGGUCUGGAAAAUCUUGUUCUGAUAUCAGAUGAAGUCAGGAAGCAGGUUUAUGAGGCUGUACGACGGCCACCUGAUGCUGUUCAAAGGCAGGAUACAAGUUCUGACUUGCCACCUUCAGGCCUUAAAAAGGAGAAAAAAUGGAGACUAGGAGGCACAGAAUUUGAAGCCCUAAUGAGAAUGCUGGACAAUGCGGGCUUCCGGACAGGUUACAUUUAUAGACAUCCACUGGUCAAAGGUGACCCACCCCGACCUCGCAAUGAUGUUGAAGUUCCUCCAGCAGUGUCUUCCUUGGGAUAUAUUCUUGAAGAGGAGGAGAUGUACAAACAAGGGCAGUGGAAGAAGUACAUCGAUGGUAAAAAAACACAUGACCGCACACGGUGGCUGAAUUCUCCAAAUGUAUAUCAGAAGGUGGAAAUAUUGGAAACGGGAACACCUGAUCCAAAGAAAAUAACGAAGUGGGUGGAUGCAAAUGCAGAAGAGUGGGUGGCAGAGGGUUCACCAACACACAGUAGUACACCAGUGAAGAUAGAGAGUGCUCUUCAGUUUGUGCCGAAGAAUACAGAUCCAAAGGAAUUCAAGAAACUACAACAGCAGAUAAAGGAUAACAGGCGAGCAGAUAAAAUUACUUCAGGCCCACAGUCUCACAUUCUCGAAGGAGUCUCAUGGGAAGAAGCGAAGAAAUUGCAGGAUGCUAAUAUUUCUGCUACUGGUGACCAAGUCAUUUUGGUAGGAGCUGCUUCAAAAGGAAUAAUUCAAAGAGGCUUCCAGCAUAAUGCUUUAGUGUAUAAAACUCCAUAUGCUAAGAACCCAUUUGACACAGUAACAGAUGAAGAACUUGAGGAGUACAAGAAAGUUGUAGAAAGGAAACAAAGGGGUGAAUCGUUUGAUGAAGACCAAACUGAAUCGGAGCCACUUUCCUCUUCACUGCAAAACAGUCGGCCUACAAAUGAAGAUAGUAUGCCGGCCACUAAGUCUCCACUUAUGUCGCCAACUUCUGCUGCUAGUGAAACGGAAGAAGAAAGCAGAGAUGAACCGAGAGUUUUGCGGAUAGAGACAAAGCAAGUUCCUCGGCCAAGUCAAGCUGAAGUUGUUCUGAGUGAUGCCGAAAGUGAUCUCCCAGAUCCAAAUGUGGAGCGUUCCUUGUCACUUAGGCUGCCAGCGAAAGUUGCUGACUCAUCUGAAGUUCCGAAUGAAUUUAAGCGCUCUUGGUCAUUGGGACCUAACAAGCAGAAUAUAAAAGGUGAGAACACUGUUAAUGGUGAUGAUCCGGAUGCACCCCACAGUACUUUUUCACAGAGCAGUAAAGAGGGAUCACCAACGAAAGAUAUUUCAACAGAGGAAUCACCGAAAAAGGAUAAGAAGAAGAAGAAAGGUUUGAGGACACCUUCCUUCUUGAAGAAAAAGAAGGAAAAGAAGAAGAUGGCUGAAGCAUAGGUAGUAACUCAGAUAGACACUGCCAAGGUGAAGCCAGCAAAAUAAGUGUACCAUCUCCAAGCGGAUUCAUUACUGCCACGAUACUUUCUAGCAUUUAAUUGUUGACAGUGAACAUCUGUUAAAUGAGCAGAUGUUGCAUGUCCAUAAACUGGUGGUGUAUCAGUGUGCAUGUGUGUAUGCUCCAGAAGUUUCUCUGCCAGGGCUAACUGCUUUCUUCAUGCAGCAUUAUUUGAAAUAAUGGUGAGCAUGCUUUACAAGUUGUUUUAUUUUUGAAAUAUGUAUGUGUACAGAAAGUAAACAUGUAAAACUUGAAUUUUGUCGUGAAGAAAAUAUUGUCUUGUAAAUGAAAUUUACUGCCUCAGAAGCUUUUAAUAUUUUAAACUUUGUUUUGGCACCAUUUAUUCUUGGAAUAUGACUUAUAUAUAGUGGUGCACAAAACAUAGAGGUACAAUACUGUUUUGUAUUAAUCUGAUCGGUAGUGUACUGUGACAGAUGUCUGCACCCCUGUACUGUUUACAUUGUUAAAUUUAUAUUUUGAUGCAAAAAUCUUAAUCAUGUUAGGUCUUUGUAUCAUUGACAGUUAUUUCACAAGCUUUGUGUGAUUCACAACUUGCUGUCAUGUAAAAAGAAGGAAAGAGGAUGUAAGGUUGUUGCUACGUACACUAAAUUCGCAAAUGUUUUAUUACUUGACGUCUAGAUGACUAGUGUAAGUAAUAUAUUCAGAUAUUAUCUAUAUAUGAAAACAAAACAAAAAAUGACAAAACUUGUCACUUCUGAAAUGUAAACUGUAAAUCUGAACAAACUCAAUUGUAUGUGAAAAAUGUGAGUGAAUGUGAUAAUUUCCUACGUAAAAAACUUGCAGGACAUUGACUUUUAGUGGCAAUCUACACUGAGGAGUAGACUUUUAUAGUUUGUCAUUUGUUUAAAAUAUUAUAAUACUGUAUUGUUUUGUUAAGUGAUUUUUCUAGAUUUUAUUGACUUCUUUUGUGUAACUUGACUUUGGAUAUAUCAGCAUGUUUUUAAUUUUUGAUGAUUUAUGUAUUUUACAAUAAAUGAUAUGGAAGCCUUCAGAAAAUCUUGUAA